AUGGCCGACCUCCCACCAAACGACUCCGUCCAAAACACGCCCGAAAUGGGGACCGGACCAACUCCCCAAAUCGAAGUGAACUCGGGUGCCGAUUACCCCUUCAUGCACGCAGAAGAUGGCGACGCCAACGCCUCAGCCCAGAACCUAAUCGGCCGCGCCCUAACCCCCGGACUCCAAAUUCCACCGAUCCCACCCUCCCCGUCUUCAGCAACUGGCACAUUUCACAGCAGCCUGGCUUCUCCUACCUAUCCGCAAGAGUCAUCAGAGUUUCUGAUUCCCCCGCGGCGCUCGCAUCGUCUCCGUGAUGAGCUGGACCAGUCGCUUCCAACCCGCUCGCCGGACUUGUCUAUCAUGCCGUCCCGACGGACGAGUUGGAGCUCUGCAUUUGGGAGUCAUGAGAUUCGCAACUAUGGGUUCAAUCCUUUCGGGGACUCCAGGGCACCGUCGAGGUCGGAUAGCUAUGAUAGCGAUGUAAAUACGCAGACAGUGUCGGAGAAGUACAACAUUAUGCCUACGGAGGGGUUGUUGUUGUUUCCCGAGGACGUGGAGAAGGAUGAUUAUCUGCAUAACCCGGACGCUGGGGAAAGGGACCGUCGAUGUGAUUUGUUUAAUCGAAGGGGACUCAUGAACGUUGGAGGAUUGACUUUGUUGACGUUGGGGUUUUUGACGUUGUUUAUUGGGUAUCCCGUAAUUACUGCAUUCAAACACAAGGGAAAGCAUGGCAAUUGUGAUCCUGGGGACACAUUAUGCCUGGACGUUGGGGACCGUCCGAUACUUUCGAAUCUGCGCACAGGCCUCAUUGACCCAGACACCCCCGAGUCAGUUAUGACCAAGAAAGCGGCCGAUGGCAAGGAUUGGAAGUUGGUGUUCUCGGACGAAUUUAAUACCCCUGGACGGACAUUUUAUGACGGGGACGACCCGUACUUUCAGGCGAUGGACUUCUGGUAUGGUGUGACACAGGAUCUGGAGUGGUAUGACCCCGAUGCUGUGACAACAAGAGAUGGUGUCCUCGAAAUCCGCUUUGACAAAUUCCCCAACCAUGAACUCAAAUACCGCUCGGGCAUGCUCCAAUCCUGGAAUAAGAUGUGUUUUAAAGGCGGCCGCCUAGAAGCUAGUAUCUCCCUUCCCGGUGAUGGCAGUGUAUCUGGUUUCUGGCCCGGUUUCUGGGCUAUGGGUAACCUGGGUCGACCUGGGUAUCGAGCUACUACGGACGGCAUGUGGCCGUACAGUUACUAUGACGAGUGCGAUGUUGGUAUCACGCCUAACCAGAGCUCGCCUGAUGGUCUUAACUUCCUGCCUGGCAUGCGUUUGCCUGCUUGCACGUGUAAAGGUGGUGAGCAUCCAAGCCCUGGGCAUUCGCGUGGUGCGCCAGAAAUCGAUGUUAUCGAAGCCAGUGUUGCGCCGUUGAACGGGGAUGGAAAGGUUGUUGGGACGGUGUCGCAGAGUUUGCAGAUGGCUCCGUUUGAUAUCUGGUAUAUGCCAGAUUAUGACUAUGCUGCCGUCUACGAUGAAUCGAUCACGUACAUCAACGACUACCGCGGUGGGCCCCUCCAACAAGCCAUGUCCGGAAUGACCACUUUAAACAACAAAUGGUACAACGGAACCUCCUACCAGACCUACGCCUUUGAAUACACCCCCGGCGAAGAAGGAGAUGUCACCUGGUUCGUCGGCAAAGACAAGACCUGGACACUUGAUGCUCGCGCCCUAGGGCCCAACGGUAACAUCGGUCAACGUGUGAUCCCCAAUGAGCCCAUGGCUAUUGUUAUGAAUCUGGGUAUGGCGUGGAGUUUCGCGCCGAUUGAUGAGAUCAUCUCAAAGUAUUUCCCGGGGUACAUGCGCUUCGAUUAUGUGCGGAUCUAUCAGGAUCCGGAUGAGGAGAGUAUUACCUGUGACCCACCGGGCUUCGAGACGACGGAGUAUAUCGAGAAGCAUCCGGUGGCGUAUCAGAACAUGAACGUGACGACGUGGGUUGAUGCCGGGUACGAAUGGCCCACGAACUCGUUCAUGCACGGAUGUUCUGCUUGA